AACGCCUCACGUCCCGGACCAGUCUGCGGGCUGACAGUCUUAGUCUGCGAGCACAUCAUGACAUUCAAGGAGGAGCUGCGGGUCAUCUGGAGGAACAAGGAUACCAGCAUGUGGUCCAAGGUCGCGUUCGGCAUAAAUCGUUACCUUGUGGAGUCGGUUAUCGCGCUCACGGUAGCGGCUUUCAGUGGUGAAAUACGGCAGAUGACGACGUCCUAUCCUAUCCGUCCUGAUCAUCGGUAUAUUGAGUAUCUCCGAUCUGCAAAGUACGUCGUGCUUAUGUCCGUAAUCCUUCAGCCAGUGACUGCAAAUCUAGGCGCUGUUCUCUAUUCUCCUCUCUUCAGAGUGUGUCUGCUGGCGGCCACUCCCCGGAUUUUGAUUGCUGUUUUCGCUAUUCAGACAAGCUGUGAUAUUUCCGUGGUGAUUUUAAUGAUCUACAAUGCGCUCGAUCAGCCGCGGAGAAGUGACACCGACAUGAAGACGACGCUGCGGAAGGAUGGUGUCCCCUUUCUCGUGGCCAUAUUCGGUCUGCGCAUGCUCUAUACCAUCAGUGCCAUCACGAUGAAUCCCGGACAAUCGGUCGCAACUGUAGUGCAAGUGAUUUUCUGUCUCAUCUUUUCGUUUCGUGCUGAGGCGUCUUCUAGCAUAUGCUGGAGUAUUAACUGUGUGGUUGGGCUGAGGCUGAAUCUGCGCUUGGAUGCGUUGACUCUUGAGCGAAAGCCUCUUCUCCCUGUUCCAGCACCACGAAUUAUACCAGACGAUGUGCAGCCAUGUUCCAGGUGGUGGCGACGUUAA